UAGCCCACCUACACUCAUAUAUCCAUCUUUUUAUAUACUAUUUCCUUAAUUCUACACAAUGUCUCUAGUUAAAGACCUUUUUUCGAAUAGAGAGCACGAAUUCGAGACUACGAGGUGGCAUUCGCGCCUAUCAAAAGAUGCCUCAUGCUACGAAAACUGCGUAGUAAAGUCCGUCAUCCACGUGAAGAGCGUUGCUUCUUCCCUCGCGCACGAAUCCCUUCACAUUGCCAUCGAGAACACCGUUACCGGCGCCCGCACCCGUAUUGUAGCAGAGCGCAACGUAUCUAAUGACCUGGUUGUGCUUGGGCGAUGGGGCUCGACACACCAUCCUCUAGGCCAGCAAGACUCUGACGGAAACACUAAGAGCAACGGAAGCAGAAGCGUAGGCAGCUCUACGAUUUUUCGGCCUGUACUACCCUUGCGCAGUCUCAAGUUCACAACAGACAGCUUCACGGUGGUGCGAUUGGCCGAGAUACUUAAACAGACCACCGUCGUAGGCGGACCUUGGUGUCCGGUCGGAAGCAACUGCUACUGGUUUGCUGCCACCGUUUACAAGAGCAUCAAGAAGCAGUUCUCGUGUGUCGAAGAUCGGUAUCACUUCUACGAGACCGCCGAUAAAUUCGAGCAGGACAUAAAAAAGGAAUGGUACACGUUUUAA